UCUUGAGGCACAAAUUCAAGACAACAAAGGCAUAUGUCCAGUCUUGUUGGAUCUGUACAGAUCUAUAGUUAUUGUAUACAGUUCUGAUAGAAUUGGGUGUUUAUAAAAGUUAUUUGUAAUAAUGGGGCGAACUGUAUAUGCCGAGGAUCGUCUUCAUACUUACCUAAUAUCUUUAGCAAAACCAGAUGAAUAUACAAUAGGAUUAAUUUUAGGACAGAGUGCUGGACAAAAGGAUUAUAUUGUACACUUAGCAAAAACACCACCUCCACUGGGUAAAAAUGUAGUGGAAGAAACAUUAAUUAGUCCUGCAACCAAUGCUCAUCAAGGAUCCACUGAUAGCUACAUUAAAUCAGUAAAAGAUAUACCUGAGAAUUGGGUUGCAGAUCAUGCAAAACAUGUCACAAGAAUGCUACCUGGUGGGAUGCAAGUUCUUGGUAUAUUUAUUGUUGGUCCAGAAGAUACCAUAAAUAAUAAUACUUAUGUACAAAAAUUUAGGUCUGUUCUGACAGCAAUUCAGAAAAAUUUGUCACAAAAUAAAUAUCUCUGUGGAAAUAGUAAUGAUGAGAAUUUGAUCUUAUGUUUAAACAGCAUUACACAAAAGUAUACUUGUAAAUCUGUAGAAACCAAUAAGACUGGAAUGUUAAAACCAACAGAAUGGAAAUUUCAAGCAAAACCAACCAAGUGGCAUCAACUUGAAGCUCUCAUUGAUUUUGAUCGUUUAUUUCUUAUUGCAGCUGAUACAGAUCCACAAACUCUUAAGAACCAGCUACAAGAUAUUUUAAAAGAUGUAUCAGACAGCAUUGAAUCUUCUCUUAUUGUUAUUGAAGGUGAAGUUAGAACACCGGAAGAUAAAUUGGAAGUAAUUAGUAAAAGCAAGAAAAAUGAUAAAGAAUGUAAAAACAGUGAAAAAAAUGCUAAUAAUAAAUUAAUUCAAGUUGACUUAUACAUUCCAUGCCAAGAGAAAAAUAUUAACUCGGAUGUAAGGAUAACACCGUGCAGUGCAUCGAUACGACUUGUGGGACAGUUAGUGAGUAGAACUUUUGUUCAUCAAAAAGCAAAUGUCGAAGAAGCUAGCACUGCGAUAAAACAAGACAUAAUAAGAUCACUAGCAAGUAGAUUAGAAAUGCAUUGGGAUAGUUUAAUUGAAGAAGAAAAUGGAUCUCCAGAAGAAAAUAUAACGUUACACGAACCUCCAAGAAGGGUAUUAAUAGUGUUACCAGAAAGUAAAAUAACAUUAUCGGAUUACUUAUUUCCUGGUGAAGGUCCUCAAGAAGCCCUCUUAUCAUUGCAAGAACUUCUUGAUUUAGAGGUUCAAGAAAGUAAUGUUCAAAAAGAUAUAGAGCUCCAAGCUGAUCCUACGGAAUUUUACUGUCAAAGUGAAACUGACAUGAAACCAACAGAUCUUGGUAAAGAUUCGUCCGGACAUUAUAAAACUAAAAUAUAUAUCGCAGGUUUUAGUAUUGCAAUCUUAGUUGUGAUUCUUUCUAUCAUAAUACAUAAUUUUAUUAAUAUAAAAUCGGAUCUAUAAAAGAUAUGAGUUUAUGUUUUACUUUAAUACGGGAAGUAUAGAAGAAAAUUUAUGGUAACAGAGGGUGAGUAACAAUAUUAUUGUGAUCAACGCAUUGUUUGUAAAUUAUUAUAUAAAAGUAUUAAAUUAUUGAUAUAUAUUAUAAAUGUUCUAAGCAUGUUUUUAAUCACGAAAAGUAAAAUCAUAUUAAUUAUUUUAUUCCACUAUUUUGUCAUAAUUAAAUAUUUUUGUAAAUGAAUACAUGUAGUGUGUAAAACAAACGAUCGAAUAAAAAUUUUCUUUAUGUGAAAGGCUGUUUAGGUAGGUGUAAUUUGACGUAACACGUUAAUAUAUUUUUAACUUUAGUAUAUUAUUUUAAUAUAAUAACAUCUACACAAUAUAUACACAAUAUAUAGUAUCAUACACGCAUAUUAUGUACAAAAAGGCUCUCAAAAUCAAUAUAAUGGCAAAUCUUAUAAGAUAAAA